CGCGUGGUUUUCAGUCGAUUGGGAUCAAAUUUAUCCAGGCGUUCGGAUUUUACCGCGAUCGCUCCGGGGAGCGGGCAGAAACGUCGAGGUCACCGGCUGGCAGAAGCUCCAUGACCUGCGUUUGCCGGUAACUCUCAUCGUCCUCGUCACGUCAGCAUCAUCACCACCACCACCAUCAUCAUCACCGAGGAUCCGCGCAAGAGGAGACGACUGCCAUCGCCGUCGCCACCACGGCCAGAGUCAUCUUCACUGGUUUUCGCCAUCUAUGUACUUUUCUCUUUCUUCUGCUUCCUCUACGUUCGGGACCUUCUGUUCGUUAGAGUAGAAGGGUAAAGGUUCCGUUCCAUCGGACGGCCCGCCGGUGGAAAAAGAAAAGGAAAGAAUUUCCAUCUUUCUGACGUCUCUGAGUAUCGGUUUGGGGAGAGAUGAUUACCCAUCACCAACGGUGCCCGCAAGAAGAUCUGGAUUCCAGUCUCGUGCUGCAGAAGGACGUUUCUUAUAGCUGUGGAUCUUGUGGGUAUGCACUUGAUCUGAGAGCCUCCAACCGGAAUACUUCCAACAUAGAUUCAAAAUAUGGAAAAUCUCUCAAAAAAGGCAUCAUAUCCUUCUUAUCUGUCGAUGAAAGUAAGUUUACUCAAAUUGAUGAGCUGAAAUGCCUUCCUCAUUUCUUGACCAAGCACUCUUGGGGCUUUCUCCAGCCUAGAACAAAGCUCCUUUGCCGUAAAUGUGGUAACUUGAUCGGUUAUGCCUAUGAAGAAAGUAUACCUCCACUUGGAUCUGCUGCAUCUGAUUCAAGUUCAGGAGUUGGAAUGGCUAUGUGCAGAAAGUAUAGAAUAAAAAUUCGGGCAUUACAACCUUCUGAUGAGCCAAGCCUGCCAUUUAUUCUUUGAUAUGUGUCCAAUAGAAGCAAUGACUUCAGUUGAGAUUCCACUAUUGAUAUCCGUCGGAAAGAACCCAUGAAAACUUUGGACUGAGAACAGGGGGACUACCUUCCAGUGUUCUGCUAAGUGCCCAAAGCAGCUCACACAUAUGUUUUCAAACAGUAAGAGGAUCAUGUGUUGGCAAUAAGGACUUGCAGUUCCGUCUAGCAUCAAUGCCUAGAUAUUUUUCUUCCUCCAUGAGCAAAGAAAGAACUGUCCAUAUAUACUGUACAAUCUUGUGUGAUUGAUGUCCAUUUCCUUUCUUCGUUUCUUUCCUCUGGGGUGGGAGCAGUAGUGAAUUUGGCCUGUUGAUCAGGAGGUUUGAGCUUCAGAAAAGAAAGGAUUAAUUUUAA